AAAUCCACUGCCGCCCAGUUUCCCCCAGAUUCCCUUCACAUUUAAUUGCGAGAGCCCUUUUCAUUCUGAUCCCCAGAUAACCUACUCUAGCAAUAAUGCCUGAGCUCUAUUCUUCCAUGCGCAACCGCCGCAGGGACGAGCUCGCCCAAUUAGCCGACCAGCACAUCCAACGCGAUCUGCAACCUGACGAUCGAGAAGCUCUCAAGUCUGCUGCUCGAAAAGUCUCUCUCUGGACAACAGUCGGAUCAGCAGUGGGCAUUGGUCUCGGAUUAUAUGCCGCAUUCCGCCUACGCAGCUCGCGCAAGGCCUUCUUCGAGGCCUUCCGUGCGCAGGAGAAGCCGAUCAAGGUUGUUUUUGUGGACGGUCGGACUGAAUCAAUCCCGGAUCUCACGCCUCUUUUGAAACCGACGACCCUUGGCGACUUUGCAACGUACUUCUUUGCCUCUGCAGGAGGACUGUUUCUCGGUGGUGAACUUGGUUUCUUGGGCGGGGCUGCAAGCGGCAGUCGCUCAUUGACCAAGGACCCCGAGAGGAAGAAGCGAGUUGAGAAUGCAUUCCGGCAUUUUCGCGCAGAUCUUCUGAGGAAGGAGGCGGAGGAGCUUGACAAGGGCCGGUCCGUGACGGACGAGAUGUUUUAAGAUGUAGUUCAUCUCAACCACGGAGAUAUGUAAUAAAAAGUCAUCUUUGAAUCUAAGAGGACCUUCAACCUCUCAUACACCAACGUUGCUAGAACGCCCGCGAUUUAUACUCGGCGGU